AUGCCACCGAGAAAGAAGAGAUCGUCGUCUUCUGUGGCGAGCACCACGCACGAGGAGCCAUCGAACUUGGCUGCCACGAACGUCAGGGCACAGACCUUUGUGAACCACCAACUGCCCAACGGAUCAGCACGCUCAUGGCCUCAUAAGACGCCAUCUCCUGAAUUCAUGGCCAAAGCUGGUUUCUACUUCUUCCCUACGGACCGGUUGAAGGAUCGUGUCAAGUGCUUCUACUGUAAGAAGGCCCAGUCCACCUGGAAGAACGUGAAGGACCCCACAAGCCAUCAUUUGAAGAAGAGCCCAUCUUGCCUGUUUGCUCAGAUGCAUCACUAUAUGACUGAGAGCAACUCCAACCCUGGCUUCGACUGGGCCAGUGCUGGCAUCUUUGGCGACCCUUUGUGUGAGGAGGCUGUGAAGAUGAGGACGGAGUCCUUUGCGAACUGGCCCUUCGACAAGCUCGCGGCCGCUAAGCCGACGAGUGACAAGAUGGUGGCUGCUGGGUUUGUUUACUAUCCACAGGAGGAGGAGGACGACCUGGCCAUCUGUAUGUACUGCGGCACGUCGCUCGAAGGCUGGGAACUGGAUGAUGACCCGAUGGAGGAACACCGGAAGAGAGCGCUGGAGAGAGAUUGCCAUUUCAUUAGGGUUUUUGACGGGUCAGUUUCAAACUCUUCGAAACGACAGAGCGAUCAACUUUUGGUCUCACCGGUAGAGAAAAGGUCGAAGUUGAUGACUGAAACGUCGACAAUCGAGGAAGAGAAUGAAGAGGAUGAGGAGAACGAAGAGAAUGAGGAGAACGAAGAGAAUGAGGAGAACGAAGAGAAUGAGGAGAACGAAGAGAAUGAGGAGAUAGCGGGUGCGACGAAAUCGGAUCUUUUAAAAGACGACGAGGAUCAAUCAAUAAGACGAAGACCUAGAAGAGUGCGGAAAGUUGUCAAGAGAUUAAUUGAUGAUGGCUCUUCGGUGGAUGAAACUCAGCACGAUGAGACGUUCAGUCUAACUGGUAAUUCUGAACACUUGAAUGCCGACGAGGAGUACUUUGAAUCGUCUAAUACAAGAUCAAACAGAUUGAAAUCUUCUUCGAAACAUGCACCACCAACGUCUCCACUCAAAAAAUCAAAGAUCUUGGAUAGUUCGAUGGAUAAGGAAGAUAUAUUUGCUGCAAAUGAUAAAAACAUUGAAUUACCACCCAUUAAGUUACGCUCAAGCCCAGACAAGAAACCUAAGAGGAACUCGACAUUACAGGACAUUACGAACUUGAGGUCCCCACAAAAGGGACAGGUUCAACAAGUGAACGACAAUAACGAUGAAGAUGAAAUCUUACUAGUCACAAAUAGUAGUGACAGGUCAAGAUCAUUGAUGCCUUCUGUGUCUCCAGCAAAGUCACCUGCAAAAUCUUCUCCAAAAUCUUCUUUGGAGCUUCCAUUGGCUGAUGUGCUAGAUCAAAGCCAUCUCAAGAAUUCAGAUGAUGAUGUUGCGACUAUCAGACCUCAGUCACAGAAUGGUGAUUUGUUAGGUGGGUUGAACAACAGCUCAUCUCCAUUGUCCUCUUCGAUCUCACAGUUGGAUCCAUCUCCGCUGGCUUCCAAGUCUCAAGGAACAAAUUCUCCUGCAAUAUCAGAACAACUUUCGAAGAGAGAACUUCGGAUAAAUCGAACCAAUUCAAGAUUUUUCGAUAGUCCUAAAAGAAGCGAAAGUCCCUUCCUUGAUAAGGACUACAAGGGAGAUGAUAAGAUUGAGCUCCCUGUUUCAACUGCUGUUGAUGAGGAUCUACCAGUUGAUGAUGAUACGCCAAUAGGGGAAUCCACGGAUCACAAUAUCCAGAUCAGUGAACCAGCCCCUGAAGCGAAAUUUGAACCACAACAACAGCUCAUUGCUGAAGAUGAUAAUGAAUCGUUCCAUUCAGCUGAGGAAGAGACACCGGAUAACUUUUGGCAACCAACUAAUACGAAUAAGUUGUUUGAAAACUUGGAAGACUUGGACACAGCACGCAAGUUUCUCGCAGUGCUUCAUGAUUUACCUUAUGAGUUGAACGACGAUAUCGAUGGAAGAGUCAGCUGCUUCAUUAAUGAAAUGCCCGAUGAUGAGAUUGAGAUGACCAUCGAGCAAUGGAUUACGCAUAUUGCAUCACAAGGCCGUGAACAUCUAAACACUGUGUGUACAAAGAUGUUAGAUGUAUUCGACGAUGAAUGCUCGAGGGCUUUGAAGAGACUUGAGAAUCUCCCAGUGAGAACUCCAUAA